AUGCUCCCGCCCGCCUGCGGCCCCCCAUUCCCCAGCGUGCUUGGCCGUGGUUCGCGCGUCGACUGCCAGACGUGUCUGCUGUCCGCUGUCCGCUGUCUGCUGUCUGCUGUGGUCCCGGGCGGCGGCGGCGGCAGCGGCAACGGCGGCGGCAACGGCAGCGGCAUACACACGCACGCUUUCCCUCCCCACCCACCCAAGGCCCGAUAUAACAUACAACAUCACGCUCCGCGAGAAAGAGCUGCACCAUCCGCGUCCCCGUCUUCCUCCCUCACGCCUGACCCGUCCCUGCCUCUCUCUCCUCUCCGCGCCCCCCUUCCCCCGUGGCACGAGGCCUCAUCCUUCCUCUUCCUCUUCCUCUUCCUCUUCCUCUUCCUCUGCCAAGGCGAAGCGGCGCCCUCCCGCCCCGACACGCCUCAUUUACACGACAACACGCCCGACACGACCACCAUGAACGGCUCUCCCGCAAAGCACCGCGCCCCGUUGGCACCGCUCGACGCCAACGCGAAGCCGUCCCUGCCCUCCCCCAAGAUGCCCAAGGACGGCAGCGUCUCCGUCAUCCCCCUCACCGGCGGCUCGUCCCCUCUGAAGAAGAGCCUCUCCUCGUCCUGCACGACCAAGCGGCCCGCCGGCGACACCACGUCCCCGGCCACCAAGCAGCCGCGUACGCAAGAGCCCCAGGACACGCGCCGCUCGAGGACAAACUCGCCCGGCUCGCCCGGCUCGCCCUCCCUCUUCGACUCCUCCACCGCCGAAGGCGACUCCUCGUGGGCCACGGCCACCACCGAGCCCGACGUCGCCGCGGGCAUCGUGUCCGACGCGCCGGCCCUCCUGGCCCCCCGCCCGAGGGCCACCCUGACGCGCGAGCAGGCAAGAGAGAAGGCGGCCAUCCUGCGCCUCCGCCUCGGCCUCGCGAGCUACAAGGUCCGCACGGGUCAGACGACCGUCCCGCUCGCCGACCUCCAGCGGAAACCGCUGCCCCGGAAAACCGUCCGCCUGCAGUCGCCGCAGCCCCCCCGACACGCUGCCGCUUCUCCUGGCCGGGGCGCCGUGUCCCUGUGCGAGGGCGCCGGCGGCCAGUCGCGAGAGUGA